AUGUCGGAACUGCCCCUCCAAGUACCAGGCCUGGGUCGCGACGCAUCACCGCGGGUCGUGCCGCGCGACGCGCCUCUCACCGCUUCGGAUGCGGACGCAGCCCCGGCCACGGCGAUCAAGGGAGACGACCGAGCCGAAGCGAUCCCCGGCGCCCAUGCCGACGCCGGAUCCCAGAUCUCCCUUCCCAUUCGGACACGGCAGCCACUCAGGGAAGCGAAGAAGCAUGUGAAUGGCUCAGCGGGGCCGUUCUUCGAGGUCCUCUCCUCCGACCUCCGCUACCAGAUUUACCAGCUCGCUUUUGGCCGCAAGAUUCUACAUCUCUACUUACUGUAUCGCCGCAGCCUCCAACCAGAUGUGAGAUGGCGGAAAGGCCACCAGCCUGUGCCGGCUUGGUACCCUCAUUCACCGAGCGUGUCGCCUAUGGAUCCGCCUUUUGCCGAUGCGAGUAUGACGCCGCAGUGGUACUGGUGGAGCUGCGUGUGCGGCCCGGAGGAUCGGAAGCUCGAGACUAAACUGUCUGAUCAGUGUCCUAGAGGUUUCUACCAGACAUGCGGUCCUAAGGAGACAUAUCUGGGUGUACUCCCGUGGUUGCUAACAUGCCGAAGAGCCUACGAAGAGACGAUACAGGUCUUGUACGCGAGCAACACAUUCAAGUUUGAGCAGAGGCUUGAGGCCAUGUACUUUCCAUAUUCCAUCGCCACGCCGCAGCUCAACUGGAUCACAUCACUGGAAAUACGCAUACCGGACCGCGAUGAGUCCCUUGUCGACAAAUCGCUCGACAAGUCCCCGCGACCUUCACCCGGGGCGCCUACAAUCACUGAGCUCCGCGCAUUGAGUCCCCGAGACCAGUAUCUGAGCAUCAUUAAAAGCAUCGCGCCAAAUUUCCCUGCCCUCCGUCGGCUACACAUUUCCUUUGAGGGUUCCGUUCGUAGGGUCCCGGUGCCUCGACCGAACGUCACAACCCUCCUCAUCUCCACUCUUGGUGAGGUGGACACGAACGAGCUGGAGUCUCUCAUCUUGGGACCCAUUGACGCGAUGCCAGAGGAGAUUGACAAGCAGGUUUUGUUUUACCAAUCACUGUACACCGCACUUCUCGCAGCUGAGAGCCAGAAGGGUGAGGGCGAGGUCAAGGAGGUUGAAUACCUGCGGAGCGACGGACGCCCCGGGUGGACCAAGUUCUGGCGGUCAUUGGGGCCGGCAGAGGGAAGAAAGGCGGGAUACUGGGUUUGCAAGCACGGCUGA